GCCUUUAGGACCUUGAAGAUGCUGCACGCUGCCGUCGCUCUGCAGCAAAGGGGAGUUCCUUAUCCCAGAGAGAGGCUGUUUACGAAGAAAGCUGAUACCUCGGGAAAAACAAGGGCUUGACUGCAGUCAGAGAAAGAGCAGUGUGACUGAGAUACUCAGCACAGGCUCCUCUACAACAAUACCCAAAUUUCUCGACCCUGUUUUUCUCGUGCAUUAAGUGCUAGAAAUAAGUCUUUUGUGUCUUCUUUUUUUAACGUAUCUACUGCUGCGAAAAUAUGUUUUUAUUGCACUUUGCCUUGCUGUGCGUCGCAUUUGUGACAUGUGCAUCAAAUAUUCAAGAAUGCACAAGAUACAAUGGGGUAGAUUACCGGGGAGAACAACAGAUCACCUCCACUGGAAAGAGGUGCCUGAACUGGAUGAAUAUAACACGGGACUACAACGUAACAGCCUACACUGACGCAGAGAGAGGUGUUGGGGACCACAGCUACUGCCGUAACCCAGACUCCUCUGACAAGCCAUGGUGCUAUGUGGCAGACGAGGAAGGGAGGGUUCAAAGACAAGACUGUGCCAUCGCCACUUGCAGAGACCAGACACCUGCUGAGGCGGACUCGGAUGCCUUCCCAGUGUCCCCCUCGGGGGAGAGCCAGAUCUUCGAGCCAGCCCCGUCCAUCCCCGAACAGGGCGAGGGUGCCGCGGUGCAGUCCGUCAUUGGUAUCAGCCAGCGGGUCCGCACGGGCCCGAAAAAGAAGAAGGAUCUUGGGACCUUGGGCUAUGUCCUUGGUAUCCUCAUGAUGGCCAUCAUUAUUAUCCUCGGGGUGGGCAUUACGCUCGGCUACUUCUACAAGAGGGGCCGGGACCUGAAGAAGCAGCAUGAGCAGCGUGUGUACGAGCGCGAGAUGCAGCGGAUCACCCUGCCCCUGUCCGCCUUCUCCAACCCCACCUGCGAGCUGGUGGACGAGAACACCAUCGUCAUCAGCCCCCAGCAGACCCCCGGGGAGGACGCGGUGGAGGGCGGCGACCCCCUCAUGGGCCAGGCUGGUACCCCGGGAGCGUGAGUGCCAAGAGGCGGGCCCAGUGAUACGGGAACAGAUGGAUCAACCACCACUCUCAGAAGAACUGCUGCCCUCACCCAACACCCUUACUUGUGAAGGGCUCCUUUUUAGGGAGCUUGGACUGAAAGGCUUUGCUAUAAGGCUAUACUUUUACUGUCCUUGUUUCCCUUAUGUAAUUGCUGAUGUCCUACCAUGGGGGAGGGGGGGGCAUGAGCCACAAGAAUGAUUUCCUCAACAUAGAGACCAUCAGAUGCGUGGCAAAUGGACGGGUUUUGUACUAAGGUGCAUGCCAGGGAUGCUUUAUGUAAAAUCAGAACAUCGUUAUGGGUGACCUGGGUAAUGAUUAUCCUUUUAAUGCUAGGAAUUUCAGUCAAAAGUAAACAAUAAGGACAGAUCCUUGGUCUGCUUGGUUGAAAGGAGGAGGAAAAAAAUCUUUUCUUUUUCUGCUUUUGUGUUUCUUUGAGAGAUUGUGUUCAGAAAUGUUGAUGAUGUCCUGCUUUUCCUCUCUGGGAGGAAGAGGUGUUCACAUUCUUACAGUCCUCUUGCUGCUCUGAGCAAGCUUUAGGGCAGGGAUGUCUGAACUCACAGUGUGAUUGCUGAAGGAUUUGGGACUGCCCCUCCCUCCCAGUGGAAACCCUUCUCCUUCUCUGUGUUUUGGAUUGGAAAUGGGGGUCUGCUGAAAAACACUCCAAAAGGCAGAAUUGUAGAAAGUGGGGCAGUCCGUUUGCAACACUCCAUAGAUCCUCUAAAUCACACUUCCGAUGACCAUCAAAAGCAGGGAAGGGCACAGAAGGGGUGGAGAGAUAGCUCUUCAAGGUGGCACAAACUGCUUGCUGUGAGCUGAGGCUUUCCCACAGUAUGCUGCAUUUGAAUGUAUUUUCCCCCCGUAAUGGUCGGACCCUUUAGCUCAGGAUGCUGCCUACAAACCGAGGCCUUGGGGAGCCGUUCACCCAGAGUGUUGAUGGCUGUGUUAGACCAGAGGCAGGUGGUGACUCAGAAGAAUGAGCUGCUUGCUGGAGCUUGUUACGCUUGUUCAGAGAAAACUAGGAUUAAGGAGAGGUAACACUGAGCACUGAGCCAGUGAGUCUCUGGAUCACACAGCACCACCCUGUAAAAUGAGAUUGGUCCAAGGGUGCUCUGAAAAUAACAUAAUGGAACAAGAGCUAUAAUAUGGUUACCCUCGUAUUGAAGCACAAAAUGUCAUUAGAAUCAUUUGAUUAUUUGUCUGUAGCUCAGGACAAGGCAGUUGAAAGGGAGAGAGGGGAAAAGCAUUUCACCAUAUGAAAUAGUCCAGUGACCAUGCCUUUUUGGCAGCAUUGUAUCCAUACAAACUCUGAAUUAACCAGGAGAAAGAAAAUCAGAUCUUUUUUUUGUUGUUUCAUUUGGAAAGCUUGAAUUUUCAGAUGACAAUAAAUGAUUGUCAGCUGGCUACCACUUGCUUUGAACUAUGAGAGUAGAAGGCCACAGUGUACAUCUCUGCUUUUUGUGCUUUCAAAAUUACGAUUAUUGUAGCACUACAGAAGUUUUUUUGGUCAGCAAUGCACACAUCAUUCUGUGAACCUUAUUUUGCUCUUUGCAAACCAGUGGUCCUUUUUUGGUGUUUUUUAAAGCCAGCAAUUUGAGUUCAACACUGGUAAAUGAUUUGAUCAGUUCAUUUUAUUUAGCCUGUAAAUAUUUUUUUCUUACAAUGCACCUGAGUACUGUUGCU